GCCAGCCGCCGCCGGCGCUCAGUCUCCGCGCGGACACAGCGCGGCUCGCGGUCCGAUGAAAGUGAAAACGAUGAAAAUGACAGUGCUGCUCGCGUUUGUGCUCACCCUCGCCGCCGCCAGCCCCAACGACCAACUCGAAAGAUACGAAGACAAAGUUAAGACGUACAAACUAGAUGUGCCCGGGAAAGACCCCAUCACAAUCAUCGAGAAGGCCACAGAUGAUGACCGGAAGUGGAAGGAUGCUCCAGUCGACCUGAACGACGACGUGGAUAUAAAGAACCUAAUGACACACAUUGUUCAUGACGUGACUGGAAAUACUCCGCGCUGUUUCGGACCUUCGUGCCAAGAUGGAUUUAAUGGCGACGAAGGACCUCACGAUGGUUUCGAAGACUUCACACCAGAGGAAAAGUUAAACGACUAUCGAGAGUUUACUCCAGACCGACUUCAAGCCAUCACUGCUUUAGCUGCGAAAUUGAAGAAAGAGAAACUUAAAGCUGAUCGAGUUAGUUACAUGGAUAGUGAGGAUAAUAGUGAUGACGAUGAUGAUAGUAAUGGAAAAGUGUACACCACGUGGAAUAGACUUAAAGUGAAACAACAUAAGCAUCCCUAUGAUGAUAAGGAUGGGUGGGUAACUUUGGAGCCGGUAGCUUGGUCUACAAGCAAAAUAUCUAAGUGGAAACCUAAUGUGAAGAAGCAAAAGCCAAAUCAUUGGAACGACGAUGAUGAUAGAUUCCCUAGUGAUGAUAGAUACACACCUUACCAAGAAAUGGACAAUAGUUACAGCUACCCACAAAAGAAACCAUCUUUGAAUCGUCCAGGCUACAUUAAUAACAAAUUCCACAUGCCUUCUGAAUAUGAAAGUGAAGUGCCUUCGAGACCAACAUGGAAUAAGCUCCAACCGUCUUCAGCUUACCCUGCGUCAUGGUCUCCUGAUGAAGGCCGUCGACCUAACAAGCCUAGUUGUGAUUCCGACGAUAACAACGGAAAUGACGAUGGGGUAUAUUAUGGAUUAUCGGAUUCAGUAGUGACAGACCACCGUCCUUCCCAUUUCCCUUACGAGUAUGAGGCGCUCCACCAAGCGACCAUUCAAAAGCGUCCUUACAGGAGGCCAACGCAAGUGGUGUACGCGGGCUCUCCUGAACUUGACAGUGACCGAUCAAGACCCCCUCACGGUGAUGGCCAGUGGGUGCUCCUUUCAACAACGAAAGGUUACAGAAACAAGAAGCGCCAGAGAUCUCUAAACAUGCCGCCGACAGAUGAUAGCACAAAUUACGGUUCCGUGACGUCACACCAAGCGGUGGCAUUGACCGUGCUGCCCAUAGACAAUGCUCACACAAACAUGACGACUUCGCACGGAGGUUUGCUGGAAGUAGAAAAGAGUUUCCAAACUGUGGAAGAGUCGAAACGAGAUUUGGAUAAAAAGUUAGAUUUGGAUGUUGCGUCGUCAAAUAAUAAGCCUUUGAGGACAAAAAUGAUUCGGAGGAGGGUCGGGACUAAUGUUGGCCCUGACAGUUCCACGAUAUUGGCGGCAGUUGGAGCCGGUAUGGUUCCAGCCACCAUGGCCAUGGUAGUCCCCAUGAUGCUGGGCAGGAGGCGGCGGAGACGAGACGUCAGACCUUCCGAGGCAUCAAAUUUAGACAAUAUAUUCUACCAAAACCAAUAGAUUAGUAAUUAAUACCAUAAGUAAUUUAUUAUUUAGUUUAAUUUAAUUUUGUAUUGCUGUGAUUGUAAAUAAAUUAUUACGUUACGUUUUGUGAUUUGAUAUUAUGUGUGAAUGUAAUUGUUAUUUACUAAUUUAUGAAAGGAAGAUGUGAAAAAGAUAAAGAAU